AUGCACAACAGCCGGCCCUAUGGAUCCCAGUUCGGAAUGGAACAUUUUCGGGCGGACAGCUGCAUGUUCGAUCUGGGCGUGAGUAAUGCGGCUUUAAGCCGUUCAGUCGGUCGGUCUCUCGGGACACAGGCGAUGGUGAGAUUUUUGUCAAUACUGGUACAAGAAAACGGGGCACAGUACAACGCGGCCAACAAAGACGGCGGAGAGAUGUCUUCUGAACAGUCCCCAGAUAUAAUAGAUUCAGAAGAUGGUCCGAAAUGUUUUGGUACCAGA